AUGUUUUGUUGUGUGGAACAGCGGACCAAGAAGAGCGGAUCUAGAAGCGCGGUGUUCCAUGGAUGCUUGUGCCAGUUUUUCCUUCCAUUCCAAUUGUGCCUUUUUCCUCUCAUUAAAUUUGUGACUUUUUCUCGCAUUUCACUGGUCAUUUUUUCCUCUCAUUCCACUUGUGCCAUUUUUGUCUAUUCAUCGCAUUUGUUCCAUGUUUCUUUUCUCAUUUCACUUGUACCUUUUCCCCCCUCUCAUUCCACUUGUGCCUUUUUCCCCCUCUCAUUCCACUUGUGCUUUUUUCCCCCUCUCAUUCCACUUCAUUUUUCCUUUCAUUCUACUUGUGACUUUUCUCUCUCAUUGUGCUUUUUUCAUCUCAUUCCACUUGUGCCGUUUUUUCUUUUUCCACUUGUGACAUUUUUGCCUUCUCAUUCCACUUGUGCCAUUUUACCUUCUCAUUCCACUUGUCCUACUUUCCCCUCUUAUUCCACUUGUGGUUUUUUUCUUCUCAUUACACUUGUGCCAUUUUUAUCUUCCCAUUCCACUUGUGCCAUUUUUGCAUUCUCUUUCCACUUGUGCCAUUUUUGUCUUCUCAUUCCACUUAUGCCAUUUUUACUUUCUCAUUCCACUUGUGCCAUUUUUACUUUCUCAUUCCACUUGUGCCAUUUUUGUCUUCUCAUUCCACUUAUGCCAUUUUUACUUUCUCUUUCCAUUUAUGCCACUUUUGCCUUCUUUUUCUAUUUGUGCCAUUUUUCCUUCUCAUUCCACUUGUGCCAUUUUUGUUUUCUCUUUCCACUUGUGCCAUUUUUGACUUAUUUUUCUAUUUGUGCCAUUUUUACUUUCUCAUUCCACUUGUGUCAUUUUUGUCUUCUCUUUCCACUUGUGCCAUUUUUGCCUUCUCUUUACACUUGUGCCAUUUUUGCCUUCUCUUUCUAUUUGUGCCAUUUUUACUUUCUCAUUCCACUUGUGUCAUUUUUGUCUUCUCUUUCCACUUGUGCCAUUUUUGCCUUCUCUUUACACUUGUGCCAUUUUUGCCUUCUCUUCCUAUUUGUGCCAUUUUUACUUUCUCAUUCCACUUGUGUCAUUUUUGUCUUCUCUUUCCACUUGUGUCAUUUUUGCCUUCUCUUUCCACUUCUCAACUGUAAAUUGAAAUUGAUGCGAUUGAUCUAUCUAUCUAUCUAUCUAUCUAUCUAUCUAUCUAUCUAUCUAUCUAUCUAUCUAUCUAUCUAUGUCAUUCUGCUCAUAUCUAUCUAUCUAUCUAUCUAUCUAUCUAUCUAUCUAUCUAUCUAUCUAUCUAUCUAUCAUAUUCUACUCUUUUGCAGAGUCUGCCGAAACCGCUAG